AUGCACAAGGCUGGCGGAACCACUUUCAAGACAGCCUUCGUCGAGACUCUGUGCAGCAGCACAUCCUUGUGCCUCUACUUCGAGCACAACAAGUCCAGGGCACUCGCUGGAGGUAAGCGCAGCCUCAAGAAGCUUUCCAUACCUCCAGACAUCCUGUUUGAAGGCACGCGGGCGGAGAGGAUGCGGAUCCGAGUGGUAGUCGUGGCAGACUACUGGAGUGGCGUGUGCUCCUUGCUGCCAAGGAGAUGCCUUUAUUUGACCACGUUGCGGGAGCCCACAUAUCUCCACAUAAGCUUCUGGAACUUCCUGUGCGUCCGGGGCUCUCAAGACAGAUUGCUUUGGAACAAGACUGAGCGCAAGAUUGGAGAGUGCCAAAGGCCGCCGUCUUCUUGGCCGCAGGCGAGCCUCUCUGGGAGGCUUUUGGGGUAUUGGGAAAACACCUCGCAAUACUCACAGCAGGAGGUCGUCGAUCUGGCUGUCUGGAACCUCUGGCACCCCUGCUUUUGGUUCCUUCACACGCAGUCCAUGCGCUCUGGCGCGCUGUCUCUCAAAGAGAAGUGGAGCCCAUAUUUCAACACCACCUUGUCUGUUGUAGCAACAUUGCAUGAAAAUGCAGCUCCACAUGCAAGCAAUGUUACGGAGGCCCUGAGCUACGAGCUCCAAACUGGCAAGCAGGGCAGAAGGGCACAUGCUUGGGCCAACCAGGUCGUGUGGGCGAGUUCGAUCCCUGCGCUUAAGAAGCAGUGGGACAAAGCCCUUGAGUUCUGCUGA